ACUUCUGCGACAAUUGCUCUGAUCUGCUUGUCGCAUCAUCUUGAGUCUUGAUCACCGACCACGGUGUUCUCCGCUUAUCUAUCAUCACGCCUUAUCGUAAUCAGCGACUGCUACACCGCAACUUUGGCUGAAGAUGAAGUUUCUUCCUUUGCCCGAGUUCGAAGACGUGACGAGUUCUCUCAAUUUCGACACUGCCGAUUGUCACAUUGUUGGGGGAUGCGAUCUGUACACUACAAAGGCUGCUCGAGCCGAUCGGAAAUUGUACAAGAACAUUGAACAGUCGCUUGAGUCUCAAUAUGAAUCGGUUCUCCGUCUCUCAGCUUCGCUGUCACCUCCCAACGCAUCGGACGCGGCCGCCUCGCUCAACCUGUCUCGGUCGAGUCCUUUCGGUCCCCUGAGCGACCACUCCAGUCGACGAACAUUUGCCUAUUUGAUCGCGACAUUAAAUGCCAGUCAUCCGGAUUAUGACUUCUCCCACGUGCUGCGCCCAUCAGACUUCCAUCGUGAACGGAAUCUGAAAAGGGUUAUGAACACGAUCGAUUCAACAUUGUUCAAUCUUCGGCCACGCGAGGCCAUUGAUCUGACCCCUCCAUCCCCCGUGACGAUAUCGGGUUCCUACAAUGCGGGCGCGUCUUCUACGUGGGGGCCGAGAAUGUGGAGGGUGAUCGAUGAACAUAUGUCUCUUAAGGAGUGCUCCCUCUAUUCGUUUUCGCCGGAUGAGGAUCCGUCGGAUGCGGACGAUGGAGCAAUCUGGAGUCUUCAUUACUUCUUCUUCAACCGACUACGGAAACGCGUCUGUUAUCUGUAUCUACGAGCGAUCCCAAUCCUCAGCCACACGCCCAGCGAAGGACUUGCCACGCCGACAACGAAGAGAACGUACGACGACGGAUACUUGACACCGGAACUUGGCUCGAGCAAGCGGGCCCGCUACUGGCUGGGCGAGGGUAUUGAACUCGAGAGCGAAAGCGACGAGGAAGCCAGUGGGUCGAAACCGGCGCAUCCAGUCGUGGACGAAUACGACCACUACCUGCUCAGCGAUGAGGAGUUUCGCUCCCGAUCGGGCAGCAAGGGCACCGUUCGGGCCAUGAGCGAGGAAAUCGCCGACUCGAUGGAGGUCUAAUCCUCCCCUCCCUCCUGCCUUACCUGUUUAUUCUUUCAUUUCAACCAACCCGGCCCUUCUUGUUGCCAUUGGCCGUUUGUUCAGUUGCUUGUUCUCGUUUGGUUUUGACUGCUCGGCGUAAUUGUGUUCUUGUCUGCUGCAUUCAACC